ACUGCCGAAUCGCACAGGUAACUUCAUGAGCGUCUGUGCCUGAGUGCUCCGCUUUGCCUGCCAGCCCAGCCAGACUGCCCGAGUCCCCACCUCUCUAGGAGAAGUCUACAAGUCCUGCAGCUCUGGAUGAACCAGAGAGAGCUCCUGGUGGCUGUGGCUCAGCAGAGAGUUGGGAACUCCCUCUGGAACCCCACUUCUGAUGAUGCUCGAGCUUCCUGAGUUCUAGAAGGGCACGGCUCGGGCAAGCAGCAUCCAUUCUGUUCAGCCGCAGGCCUCAUGCAGCCCUUCAGCAUCCCGGUCCAAAUCACACUGCAGGGGGGCCGGAGGCGCCAGGGGAGGCCAGCACUUGCAGCUUCAGGCAGAAGCGAUGGAGACCCGCUGAAGGUGCACCCAAAACUUCCAUCAAGCGCGGGAGAGGACCGUGCCACGCUGCUGGGCAUUGCCAUGAUGGUCUCCUCUGUGCUGAUGUUCUUCCUACUGGGGACCACAGUGUUGAAGCCUUUCAUGCUCAGCUCCAACAGAGAGGAGUCAAACUGCACUACCAUCCACACGCGCAUUGCAGAGGAUUGGCUGGACUUCACAUUCACCUGUGAGGGCAGCUGCCAGGACCAGGGUGGGUAUCCCUGUCUGCAGGUGUUCGUAAAUCUCACCCACUCAGGCCAGAAAGUGCUUCUCCACUACGACGAUGAGGCCGUCAGAAGCAACCCCAAGUGCUUUUACACGCCCAAGUGUCACCGAGACAGGACUGAUCUGCUCAACAGUGCCCGGGACAUCAAGGAAUUCUUCGAUCACAGAAAUGAAACUUUCACUUGCUUCUACAGUCCCGACGGCCAGAUGGGAGUUGUCCUGAGGAAGUCCGGCCACAAGGUUGUUUUUCAUUGCUUAUUUUGGCCUUUACUGACUUUGCUGGGCGGGGCCCUGAUUGUUGGCUUGGUGAGGCUGACACAGCAUCUGUCCCUUCAGUGUGAACAGUACAGCGCGGUGCUGAGAGUUCAGGCAGGAGGCAGAGCACCUUCCAUGGGCAGGCGCAGGGCUUCGCUGUGCAGUGUGGCACAGAGCCAGGGGAAGAGAGAGCAGAGGAGGCGGCCCCAGCUCUCCCACCAGGAGAGGCUCCAGCUGAAGACUUGAGCAGUGCGGGGUAUGGUCAAGCAAACUUGUGAUCCCAGCACGUGGGAGGCUGUUGCAGAAAGAUCAGGUUCAAAGUCAGCUUGGGCUAUAUACAGAUCUUGUCUAAGAAAAACCUAGCUGGGGCCAUAGCUUCCAGAUAGAACAUGUGCCUAACAUGCACAAGGCCCUGGAUUUGAUCCCCAGCACUAAAACCAGCCAUGUCUGCGUACAAACCUGGUGUGUAAAGGACAAAGGUGGACCCCACAGCUUUCCACAUGAGUCUUCAGAUGCUCACUGUUUUCUAUCUAUUCUGAAAACAUGUAGUUUCAACAGUUUCUCUUUUUCAAGUCUUCUUCACAUGAGCCCAGGAAGCACUUUUCUUCUCAGAGGCAAAAUAAAUUCAAGGCAGUUCUCUGUGUAACCUCAGUUCUCCGUGGAAUGUGCUGGCAUGGGAGGCGUGUAAGAAGCCAUCACUGAGUCUAUCUGUUGGGCACUCAAGUGACAGCAUGUGCAGUUCACGUGAAAACAUUUCUCAUAGAAAAAGGUACUGGGAGCUAGAGAGAUGGCUCAGUUGGCAAAAUGAGAACCUGAGUUUGAUUUCUCAGACACAUACAAAACAAAACAAGCAAGCAGACAAAACAACAAAGACCAAACAGGCCAGGCCUCAUGACCUGCACCUGAAACCCCAACACUGAAGAGCUGGAGACAGGUGACAGCUAGAUAGCAAAUCUGUGAGCUCCAGGUCAAUGAGAGACCCUGCCUCAAAAACCAAGAUGGACAGCAACUGAGGACAGCCACCUGAAGUUGCUCUGGUCGCCACACACCAACACGUGCAUGCAGGCAUGUGGACAGCAUACAUACACAUACUCACAGCCAGCAGUUCAUUUACUGUAGAUUAAAAACUUCCCAAAAUGUCCGAAAACCCAAGUCUGCCACAUUUACAGCAGUUCCUUCUUCCUGAACUCUUCAUUCCAAGAAGAAAGCCGCUGCCUAGAAAACCCAGCUUACACUUGCUUGUACUUGACCUUGUCGUGAAGCAGCUCUCUUUACUUUGUGGAAUUUCCCGUUAAUUAUCCUUUCCCUAAGUUCCUUUCAGUCUCUGUGGGAAUGGGAGAAAUGACAAGCGUGAAGUAAGCUGUACCCAAGUCCAACAUCCACCUCAAAUAAUGCAUACUGUGGAAUGGUCCUGCUUGGGCAGUCAGUGCUCUAACAGAAUUGGCCUGGGGGGGGGGGGAGGGCUCAGCAGUUAAGAAUGCUUACUUCUGCUGGGUGGUGGUGAUGUACGCCUUUAAUCCCAGAACCUGGGAGGCAGAGGCAGGUCAAUCUCUUGAGUUUGGUCAAGAGCCAAAGGCCAGCUUGGUCGAGGACAGUCGUAGCUACACAGAGAAUCCCUGUCUAGAAAAACAAAACAAAGAAACAAACAACAAAAAAAGAACUCUUGCUUCCUAGCACCCACAAGAUGGCUCACAACCAUCUGUAAUGUCAGAUCCAGGAUAUCUAAUACCCUCUUCUGGCCUUUGCAGCCACUACACAAGUGUGAUACAGGCAAAAGACUCAUAUACAUAAAAGUUAAAAAAAAAGGCCGGGCGUUGGUGCCGCACGCCUUUAAUCCCAGCACUCGGGAGGCAGAGGCAGGCGGAUCUCUGUGAGUUCGAGACCAGCCUGGUCUACAGAGCUAGUUCCAGGACAGGCUCCAAAGCAACAGAAAAACCCUGUCUCAAAAAACCAAAAAAAAAAAAAAAAAAAAAAAAGUCAAACAAGGUGACUAUAUAAAUGUCACAAGACUUCCAGCAAGGCCUUCCAGCUUAAGAUGAGCAUAUGAGCUGAGGAGCUCACUGUUUUUCCAAAGCACCUCAACGCAUCUUUACAGUUCCACACACAAAAAUGAACACCCUUCACUGUAGACAACAAAUUGAGACUUUUGAAACCACUUUUGAGGUGUUGAUGGAAUCCAAGUCACACCUGAUUCUAAGCCAGUUUAAAGCGUGUUCGUAAAUUCAAGUCACCAGUUAGCAAAGUGGCUAAGCCAGCAGAGUGACAGCUAUAGGCAAUGAGUCUUGGUGUCUCACCUUCUCCCUGCUGUGGGCUUUCCUUCCAUCCAUAGCUUCUCGGGGUGGGAUUCGGGAAAUGUGUCUUUUGAUGAUCUCCAGGCAUAAAGACGGGGUGUGUGAAAUAGCAAGCUUAGUUUUGGAUAACUAAGAAUUAAUGGAGAGUAGCUGUGAAACCCUUGUGCUGAGCUGCAGCAGCCUACUCGGUCACGCUUGGUGGCAGUGGCAAGCAGGUAAACUCUGAGAGGUGUCCCUCUGCUUCCCCGCCCUCGUCCCUUGGUUAACUGAUCUGCUGUGUAAAGGCUGGGAAUACUAUGUUGUAUACCAAACCUCCCCAGAAUGAAAUACACAACUAUGCAUGUCCAAGAAAACUGUAAAUGGAGAUUGUCAUUUUCUCAAAUUAAAGAUAAAUCUCAAAUCCAUUUCCUAGUGAACUGGACUUCCAAAUUACCAAUGCACAGUUUUGUGCUUCCCCCACCAUGCUCAACAUAGAAGUGUCAGGUGUGUUUCCCCAGAGGUUUCCCAAGCAGUGACUACUGGACCAUCCCCGGGAAGACAGACAUGAAGCUGGAGAAGAGUCAAUUUGAAGCUCAAGCCAUUCAGCAGUCCAGUAAAUUAAAGCAGCAGCAGGCUUACUGUGGAAGCAGGAAGCAUCGAUGCUCAUGUCGUUACCAAAGGCAGCUUACCUUCGGCACCGUUUAUAAUGGGCAGGGGGCAAAACAGUUUGCUUCUACACUGACUUCAUGUACAGACUCUAGUUCCUAACAGACCUAAGAAAACGGUCCAUUUCCUACCCAUUUCCACACAUAUACUCACACCUACUCCUAUGUAUGUAAAUAUCAGCUUGAACCACAAGUACUCAGGUCUCAAUUUUUCUUGUUUUUACUACUGAGAACUGAACCUAAAGCCUUAUGCACUACAGCACACAUGCUCUAUCACCGGGUGAUACUGUGACCGCUAGCAUACUAGCCAAGGGAUGUAGGAAUACUCCUUGAUGCUUCAGAGAGAGCAACAUUCGUUUCUCUAGUACUUAAUGCCAGGGCAGAAAAAAAAUUUGAGUUUUCUUUUUCUUCUAGACAGGGUUUCUCUGUAUAACAGCCGUGACUGUCCUGGAACCUGCUUUGUAGACCAGGCUGAUCUUGAACUCACAGAGAUCCUCCUGCCUCUCCUUCCAAGUGCUGGGAAUGCCACCAUGCCUGGCUUGACUCAAGGUUUUUCAAUCAAAUAUUCGUAGUAAUUACGUAGCAAACUCAAAUCUAACAACUCCAUUCAUAGCAACACUAGUUUGCCUUUGAAGAGAGACAGCAAGAGGGAUUCUCACAGCUCUUGGCUUACACCACAUGCUAAGCACCAUUUGGACACAAGGUAAGUUUUCUUUCUUCUUUAAUGAACAUGAUGGUACAGACUGUGCAGUUAGGGACAAGCGGACAUUGACAGUGGUGAUUAGCGCAGCCAGUGCAGUCACAGGCUGAACUCCUUGCUGGGAACAGUAUGGCAGAAGAGGUCUCCAGUUUAGUGAAGUGCAGCUGUCUAUAUUCUAAGCCAGUGGUUCUCAACCUUCCUAGUGUUGUGACCCUUUAAUAUAUAUAGUUCCUCAUGUUGUGGUGACCCCCAACCGUAAAAUAAUUUUGAUACUUUAUCCUGUAAUUUUUCUAUUGCUAUGAAUCAUAACACACGUCUGUGUUUUCUAGUCUUAGGCGACCCCUGUGAAAGGGGCAUCUGAUCCCAAAGGGGUCGCGACCCAGAGGUUGAGAACAGCAGUUCUAAGUAAGAAGCAAAUGGAGCUUCGUUGUGCUGAGUACUUCUAAGGCAAGGAUUACAAGAACACUAACAACGUCUCUUCUUUCUGUGUAAGCCCUGGCUGGCCUGGAACUGUAGACCGGACUGGCCUCAAACUCAGAGAGAUGUGCCUACCUCUGCCUUCCAAGUGCUGCCCAGAAAGAAUGUUUCUAACUAGUUCCUCUUACACAGAACCUCAACUCACUGACUGAACAAAAUGGAGAGAAACCAUCUGGCUGAGAAGGGAGGGACAAGUUCCUCGCACAAGUGGUGUGCAGUCAUCUUUUUGUAGUGCUUUAUUCCAAGGUAUUAAAGUAUUAUAUUUGAAAGCAAUGCAUUCUUUUAGAUUUUAUUUAACCAAGCUAAGUCCAAAGACUGAAUGAUAACAAAACCAUCAACUGCAUUUGAAACCUGGAUUCUUGGAGCCUGGGGGGAGAGGGGGUGCAUAUCACCUGUAUCCUCAGUGCUAUGGAGCCUGGGGGGAGAGGGGUGCAUCACCUGUAUCCUCAGUGCUAUGGAGCCUGGGGGGAGAGGGGUGCAUCAUCUGUAUCCUCAGCGCUGUGGAGCUAAGACUAGAGGAUCUUAAGUGUGAGGGCAGCCUGGGCUAGACAGUUAAGACUUUGUGCCACCAAAUGACAAAACCCUAAAAAAGUACCAUCACCACAACAAAUUCCUUUGGGUUCCAUAAUCAAAAACAUUCCUAGAAAUCAGAUAAAAGCUACUUUUCCCAGACAGUCUUAAGAACAUACAUAAAACCUGACUAUUUUUUUUCUUAUGAACCAACAGAAAUAACUACAUUUGAAAAUUCAUACUCAAAAGUUUUAGAGACCAAAUAUCCUAGGAUGGCUCUGAACUUACUAAUGCAGCUGAGGAUGACCUUGAACUUGUGAUCUUCCUGCCUCGACCUCCCUAGUGCUGGGGUUACAGGGGAGUGCCAUCAUUCCUUUUAUACAGUGCUGAGGCUCAGGCCCAGGACUCCAUGCAAACUUGUCAGGCCCUCCAACAACUGAGCCACAUUCCCAUACUUCAAGAGGAAACACUGCAGGUUGUCUGCCUCCUUGCUAAACUAGAUCCACAAAAAACAACACCUAGAAAUACACAUCAUUCUGCCACACCAUUAUUACUGUGACACAUUAGAUGAGGCUAAACAAAGUCUUCUUGGCUUAUAAAAUGUUUUUUCUUUUUUUAUUUAGUAAGAUGAAGAAUGGAGUCUAUCGUUAGCAGUGAAAAUCAGCCUAUGAGUACACUAUGAGAUUCAUUUUAAUUCUGCCCGCCAAACACUUUUUUUCUGAUACCUGAGAGAGAAUCCCCUUCCAGUUCCAUUCCCACAGCUGAGACCCACCAUACCCAAAAGCCAAGCAAAAGAAAAGGCACUACAUAGUAAGACGGAGGUGCACAACCUCCACCAAAUGAAGAUUCCACACAGACUCAUUCAAGAGUGCCACUACAGCCUGGGGGACUCCUAAUAACCUCAAGGCCCUUCUGAACUUUAGAACCUUUUUCUAUGUGUUAGCCUGUGCUAACAAAACAGUAAGAGAGUAACCGAGCUGUGGAUGCCAGACUCAAGAACUAGCAUCACAGGCUGCCCUGACUGUAUGGCUUUGGAGUCAUGAAAUUUUAGCACUCCUGAGCUGUAAGGUAUGCCAAGUCUGACUUGCAAAUAUAAAAAUGGCAGAGCCCUACAGAGUCUCUGUGUUGUGAGACCUGAGGCACAGAAUGGCAACUUAGCUUACCCCCCUUAUGAGCCUUUGGAGAUAAAGGCUGCCCAGGGCAUGACACAGAUCGGCUCAGUCUUACUCACUGCAAUGCUUUUUUUCUGUUUACAACAGCUCAGCUGUACUGCUCUGCCACCAAGAGUCACUAAUUAAAGAUGCUGUCAAGAUUGAGAUCAGCCUUCCAAAUUCCGAGCUGGAUGUGAUUCUAGUAUGUGCAAAUCAUCCCCAUAACUUCCAGCCCCUCCGAGCUUCCCCUGCUCAGACCCCUCCAUCAUCCCCCUCCCCAAACAUCUGGAGCAGAAGCAGCACAGCCCCCAAAUCCACAAACCGCCUUUGAACUUGCUGCUUUGGCGAUGUCAUGGACAUCAGAAUAACUCUUAAGGUGGAUUCUUGAGUGUGUGGGUCCAGCCCAGGUCUGCAGUUUGCAGGGACAUAGAAAUAAGUGGACACUCUAACAUUCAGAAAAGAUUAACAUACUAGGUGUAACAUAUUGCUGGAAAUUACAUUUCUCCUAAGAGCUGGCAGGCAUGGACUUGUGACCAAACUACAAAUCAAACAAAUUGACAAAAAGUAUGCUAAGGAACGACCCGAGGUUCAUGUGCUGUGAGGUUUCCACUGUACCCUUAAGAUAGGCUCCUCAUCUUUUCUGUAAUGCCAUUCAUCUCCUGAUGGGCACAGAACACACAUGGGCUGUGCGCUACCUAUGAUGAUUACCAACCAGUUUAAGAUAAAGUUCAAGGGGACAUAUACAUCUAACCAAGUAAUUAUUUCCUGAUUAAUAAGAACUACACUUUACACAAAAUACUUUAUCAGCAGCUGUUUUCAUCAAAAAAAAAAAAAAAACCAAUAGUCAGUUUCACAGUUGAAAAAGUUACACAUUAAAAUAUUUUACAAUUCAUUAUAUAUUCCCCAGGCUCCCAUUUCCUGAUGGGCAGUAAUAUAAAGCAGAGUAGAAGGGACAACCUUAAGUCUGAUGACUCUGACACCAAGUUUUACAGAGGACACGAAGAACCACAAAGUCUCAGGUUCUACGAUAAAAUAGCAACCAGAUUCCAUUCUUCUUGUAAAAACUCUAAUUAGAAACAUCUUUAAAAACAAACAGAAAGCAAACAAACAGACAAAUCAAACUCCACAGUAAGAUGAACAGAUUUCAAAUUAACAGCAGUCUAAAAAUCUUCCAACUAAAGGUCUCGCAUCGCUGCGAUGGUAAGAAGUGAAAGCAUGACGGAAGUUACUUCUUGCUACAGUGUAGUUUCUUUAGGUUUGCUUUCUUUCCUUCCAGAAAUAAUCACUGACGAAACAUCCUCAAGUGACUUAGUGAGAUUAUGGAGCCAAAGUCAAGAUUGACACAAUAUUCAAUGACAAGGAUAGCCAUUUACAGAGGUGAUUGCUCCGCAGGUCCUUCUGAUUCUCAAGCACCUGGGAGUGGCACAUUAUUGCUUGCUGAAAACAGAUUCUCAUCACCCCAGUUUCGAUUUGAAUUUUAGUCCUUUGUCUUUUUUUUAAUACAAAUCAUUCUCCUUUCUUUCUUUAUAUAUAUCCUUUAUAGAACAUAGAUUUUCUAUCAGUACAAUUAAUGUGGUUGUCAAUGGCAUAAUAAGCUAUGUGGUUGUGUUUUAAUUGUGCAGAGACUCUAGAAGGUGGUAACUACUUGAACUAAUGCAGGAAAAAAAGGCAAAAACUACCAAUUUUGUGCAAGGAGGCUCACGGCUUUUGUUUUUUGUUUUUGUUUUGGCACUCAGGAAAACACAGUUCUUUUUGUAAUUCUUCAGUUUCCACCAUCAGAGCUGUAGAUUUGUACCAUGUCACUGAGUUUGACUGUAAUAAUCCCUGAUAUAGAAAAGAAUGGGAUGUUAGUACCUAGCAACUGCAUAUCUAAGUAACACAAAGUGUUAAAUGCCAAGUAAAUAAGUUAGGAAGUUUUCUAUAUCUGCAAAAGAAUCUAUCUGGUUUUCUGCUUAAAAACAGUUUAAAUUCUGAUUAACUAUUCCAAGACAGUUUACAGAACUAAGUUCCCCUAAUCUUCAGGUUUUCUUGUUGGCAAUAAUAUAUACAUGCUUUAGUGAAGUACCUAAAUCUUCAAUAAUUAUGCCCUUUAAGGGUUCUAAAAUAGCCAGAUAUUAAGAGUAUUUUUAUUAGAGUCCCAUUUACUAUUCAAAACUUCUACUCUAGGUGUCUGACAUCACAGACGAGCGCUUCAAAGGGAUGCUGUUGUUCUAGAGUGUACAGUGUGCACUCUUCAUAAAGAGGCUCUCCAGGAACACGCCUAAGCUAGGAACUGUCAGGAAAUUAUUGCACAUUUUUUCUUUUUUUUCUUUUUAUUUAUUCUUUUUUUUCGCUUUUUUUCUUUUUUUCUUUUUUUGGUGUGGCAUCUGAACAUCUGCUAAAGCUAUUUUCUAGGACAGGAAUCAUUCAAACACUGGGUAGAAAUCUAGAGUGACCACUAACAUUAGCCCUACAUCUUAGAUGGAUGAUUUCAAAAUGCUCAAUAACGCACUCUGUGUGGGAUGUAAUAAUGAAGUUGGAGUGAGACCUGACCACUUUGAAAUGGGACAUGAUAGUAAAAUGGGUUAAUGUCCUUACUUUUAUCAUUGAGAUAUGAAUACAUAGCUUACGAAGGUAAAAAAAUUCAUGGUUUCUAGUCUCUCAUAAUAUAAAAGUCAUUCAUGACCAGUCCUCAGUAGAGGGCUUAAGAGUCAGGAUGAUAGUCUACUUUGUAUUCAUCUAGUAACUGGUUUCAGAGGGUUGUGCCAUUCUCAACUAUAGAUGGAUGGACGAUGAGGGCCUCGGGUGAAAACGGACAGCAGUGGAAGGAAAGCAUGUGCAGCUCAACCCGUUCUUAGGGAGUCAUACAGGGGGAUCUGGAUAAAUGGAAUAGUGCCUGAGCCUCAUCUACAGACCAAGAGAAAAGCUAACCAUGCUGUUACCAACGAUAAAAAAUUUGGGGUGCAAAACAAUGCAUGACUAUGGGACAGAUUAUGUAAAUAAAGAAUAUAUAUUAAUGAUAGUUUCUAUAAUAUAAAUAGCCUUUAAUAAAAAAAAAUAAUCUUUUUAAUAACAUUAAUACUCACUUCUAUUUUCUGGAAAACAUGCAUGAAAAAAAGUACUCAGUUCAAUUGCAAAGGAGAAACAAUCAGCUCAAAGUGAAUACUGUACAGGUCAGAAACAGGAGCCCUGCUGGCCUCCUCUAGAUCACUGCUGUACUUGAUGCCAGCCCAGAAUUUCCCUAGGAAAUAAGUCAGAUCCUUGUAAAUACUGUCCAGAAAAAAACAACAAAAACCAAAACCCAACAAGAACACAGCUGUCUGCAGGUUGUCACUUGUGACUGCUUUCCAAACCACAGGGGGAGAGACCAAGUCCAUCAAAGGGCUGUGUGUUCAGAGCAAAAAGCGAGCCCCAUCACCCCAAGUGUUGUUCGUCAGUAAGCCGGGAGUCAAACCCCACUUCAAACCGUAAGUCUGAACAGCAACGGGAAAAUAAGCAUUUCCAUUCUUCUCCAAUUUCAUUUACUUAAUAUAAACUCCAGCUGACUCAGACCUAAAGCAGUCACAGCCUCGGUUUUGUCCACAUUGUAAACAGAACCCUGGCAAGACAAACGGAACAGCAUUCUCUUUUCGUCUCCAUCAUUUGUAUGUAUUUUGGGGAUUUUUGUUUUGUUUUGUUUUUUUAAAAAAAGAUACAAA